GUAUCAUUAAUUCUAUGAUUCUUCACAUAUACCUAGGUGAAUAGCCCACCUAUCUGCACACAAGCCAAUAGAAAUAAAUAGCCUCCAACUUCUAGCACUCAACUCUUUAAUUUACCUCCUAGAUCACACACACAUACGCCUACACACCUAACUCCCAAAACAAAACACCACCAUGGCAGCCGUCUCAAGCGGCCAGAACUCUGCCUCUCAAAGAGAACCAUCCCCGCCCCUACCGGCACGGCACACACCGCAGACCCCAGGCCUCCGCGCGUCCAGGUUCCAGCAGGUGCUUGACUCGAGCCUCUCACACACCCUCGGCAAGAUCAGCUGGGACAACUUCGCGGCGUGCUAUCCUACGAUCGCGGCGCAGGCCCCCGCUGUGCUGCGCGCGGUGCAGAAGCAGAUGGUGGAUCGGUUGACUGCGCUUUGUAAGAAAGAAUUCGAUUCCGUGCUGCAGAGUCGCAACGUUGUAGGCAAACUCAACGAGCUCGAGAGCUUGAUGAGCGAAGCCGAGCGCAGGAGGGACGACGCUGGCGUGGUGGGAGCGGAGCCGCCAAUCCCACCGCACAUGCUACCACCAGAUCAGAUUCUAGCAGCCCAUUUGGCGCCGCAUCUAACACAGCAGCAAUCUCAACUCAACGCAAAACUGCAAACGGUACAAGCCCACAACGCAAAGCUUUUUGGUGAUAUACAGAAGCAGCGCGCAGAGAUGCAGUCGCUUAUGGCCCUCUUACAGAAGAUAUUUGAGGACAUCGACGAGGCUAAUGGCCAAAUCGAUGACGUUGCUGACGACCUUGCCAAGGAGACGAGGAUUGUGGAAGCGGAGAUGACGGAGCCGUAAAGAUCGAUCAUAUUACCAUUUAGUACGGUUCUUAUGUCUCCAUUUUUGUUACGAUUCUACAGGUCCUGUAAGACAGGAGGGAUGAUGCAUGGCUCCGGCGUUGCGGCGUACGACAUGGCUGGCUGAGCUGGACUGGAAUGCCUAGUUCGGGCUAGCUGAACAUUUCCGAUG